AUUGUCGCUAUUAUCCACCAUUGUCGCCACCUCUUUAACGUCCAACUUUCGUAGACGAAACAUUCAUUUUCGGUUUAUAAAAAAACCAAGUGAAAAUUAAUUAAUUAAUUAAUUAACCAUGGACAAGCCAAUUGUUGCCGCACGUGUUAUCAAAAUUUUGGGACGUACUGGAUCCCAAGGACAAUGUACCCAGGUCAAAGUUGAGUUCUUGGGUGAACAAAAUCGUCAAAUCAUCAGGAACGUCAAGGGACCAGUUCGUGAAGGCGAUAUUCUAUCCUUGUUGGAAUCUGAACGUGAAGCAAGAAGACUUAGGUAAAUCCUACCUAUGUCAUCUUCAUUCUACUAUUAAAAAUAAAAAAACAACAAAAAAAA